AUGGAAGGUGAGAUUGUCAACUACAUCAAGGCGUGGCUUCAAGUCAUCCCAUCUCUCUCUUACUGUUUUCUCGUCGGCAAGCUUCUUCCUCCUUCUAGACCCUUUCUCAGACUCUUCCUCAUGUUCCCUGUCUUCUCUCUCUUCCUUUAUCUUCCUCUCAAUCUUCACUCUCUUCAUCUUGGAGGCACCUUCGCCUUCUUCAUUGCCUGGCUCGCUAACUCCAAGCUCUUCCUCUUCGCUUUCAAUAAAGGCCCCCUCUCUCUCCCCCCUCUCUCUCUCCCACGCUUCAUCGCUCUCGCUUCUCUUCCCAUCAAAUUCCAACAAACCCCAGAGCCAACAAGCCAUAAUAAUAACGAUAACAAUCAGAAAGGCCAAAAGUCUCUUGUGAAAUACGGCAUUAAAGGUUUGGUUCUUGCUGGGAUAGUGAGAUCCUAUGAAUACAAACAGCAUUUCCACACCAACUUGGUCUUAACCCUCUAUAGCAUUCACAUAUAUCUGACACUUGAGAUCAUUCUAGUGGUGUUCGCGGCCGUGAGUCGAACUCUAACUGGGGUCGAGCUAGAGCCACAAUUCAAUGAGCCUUAUCUGUCUUCCUCACCGCAGGAUUUCUGGGGACGUAGAUGGAACAUUAUGGCCUCCAGGAUUCUACGGCCCACUGUAUACGAGCCCGUGUAUAGUGUGUGUUUGCAUAUGAUGGGCCGUAAAUGGGCCUCCCUUCCGGCCGUGUUCGCUACGUUCUUAGCAUCGGGCUUAAUUCACGAGCUGAUCUUUUAUUAUCUGGGCCGAGUAAGGCCCACGUGGGAGAUCACAUGGUUCUUUAUCCUUCAUGGAUUUUGCUUGGUGGUGGAGAUCGAGUUGAAGAAGCGGCUUUCGAGGAGGCUGAGGUUGCCUAAAGUGAUAUUGGGACCGUUGACCGUUGGUUUUGUGUUAGUUACGGCAUUUAGGCUGUUCUUCCCUCAGUUUCUUCGGUGUAAGGGAGAUGAAAGGGGCCUUCAGGAGUACGUGGCAGCGUUCAUGUUUCUGAAGAAUGUCACUCGUUCAUUGACGCUCGGAGCAUCGUGGUCCUUGUAA